GUAUAAUGCAACCACGCCCCUUUACCUGUCCACGGAAGGAAGAUUCCAAAUAAAACUCAGUCGCGCCGAAACCCCACAGAAGAAACCUUAUUUUUGACUCAAACCACACAAAGCAAACGGGAGUGACAUUUAAGAGUGGAUUUAGCGCCGACAUUUUUCUACAAAUUUGGAUUACGGAGAUAAGCACGCUAACCGGAAGUGUUACAGCAGAAACCAGGCAUGGAGGACUUAACAAUAUGGGAGCAGCAUACAAUAACACUCAACAAAGAUCCCAAAUUCGGCUUUGGCUUUGCCUUAUCAGGAGGCAAGGACAAACCUCACCCGGACAGCGGUGAUACGGCUGUGAUAGUGUCCGACGUGCUGCCAAAUGGACCGGCCAUGGGUCGCCUGUUCAACAAAGACCAAAUUGUCAUGGUCAAUGGGAUCCCCAUGGACAACGUCCACUCCAACUACACCAUUCAUACCCUCAAGGCUUUAGAGAAGACAGCAAACAUUACAGUAAAACGUCCACGGAAGAUCCAAAUCCCCGCUACAACCAGGCCGUCUCGGGCUGUUUCACACUCCAACUUGUUGGAUCCAGACCCUCCGAGGAGAAUGCGACGCUACUCGGACGGCAGCGACAAUCGAGACGGACAUCGCUACCGUCCCAGGGCACGCAGCUCCUCACCUGAACGUAACGGCUAUGGGGGCAACGUGCCCUUGAUGUCAUCAGGGUAUAAGAGGCUACCGCAGAUUGACGUGCCUGACAAACCCCUCAAGACCACAUUGGUUAAAAAGAGAAUCACAGACGAGUACGGAUUGAAGCUGGGCAGUCAGAUCUUUAUCAAGCACAUGACUGAAACCGGCCUGGCUGCAAAAGAAGGCACACUGCAGGAAGGAGACCUUAUCCUGAAGAUCAAUGGCAUGACCACAGAGAAUCUAUCGCUGCUGGAGACCAAGCACCUGGUGGAGAAGAGCCGAGGCAGGCUAACCAUGACGGUCCUUAGAGACAACCGUAAGUUCCUGGUCAGCAUCCCUGAAGUGGAAGACAGCGCUCCCAACAGUGAGGAGGACCGGCGCAGACACAGUAGUUCUGAGAUGGAAGACAUUUCAGACCUGGAUGAUCGCUCACCUCCUAAUAGAACGUCUCGUCAUCCCACCAGAGAGAAACGGACGCACAGAACCAGAGCUGACCCUCCCAUGGUGUUCAAAUCUAGGGAUUCUUCUCCGGUACGCUCCACUUUGACUCGACCUCCAAGAAGCUACGCAUCUCGCAGACCUACUUAUGAAUCAGAGUCGGAUCGCAGCGCCUCACCGCCUCCUGUGAGGACGGACAGUCUGCAUUCGAGGGACCACUCUGACAAAUACAAAAGCUUGUCUGGACUGCCCAUCCUGCCUAACCCAAGAUCCUCUCCCACCCACAACUGGACAUUACCUAGACCUUCGUCAUCCUCCUCACGACCGCGCAAGCCUGUGUCAGAUUCAGGCUCUGACCGCAGUGCCUCCCCCCCGGCACACAGAGACAGUCCUAGAUAUGACAGAUACAAUCCCAUUGUUCUUCCUGCUGAUCUGCCCAGCCUGAGAAAUUCCCCUAUCCUGGUACGCCAGGAACCACCAAGGAGAGUUAACUCUCCCCUCAGAGUCCCACGCCAAGACUCCGAGUCCGAGUCAGAAGGCAGCUCGGGGCCUUCUCGGAGGCAGAGCACCACGUAUAGCCAGGACUCUCACAGCAGAUACAGAGUUUUGCCAGAUGUUUCCUCAAAGACGAAGGCGAAGCGGCGGAGCUCCUCUGGUGUACGUGUCAGCAGCGUGCCACACAGAGCCCCAUCAGAGUCUGAAUCAGAGGACAGUUACGCAUCAGUCCCUCGUAAGGACUCAACGGACAGCGAGAACUCCAGCAGAGCCAAAAACAGAUACAGAGUCCUUCCUGAGAUGAAGUCCUCUUCGGCCCCUGUGAAUCCAGAACCUCCUGGUCGGAUCCCAAUACCUGUCCAACCCCCGCCUCCCCCAGACGAUUCCUCAGAGUCGGAUCCGCUGUCGCAUCUCCGAAGGUCCGGGAGCUCAGAUCGUGGGGAUAGCAGACGUAGUGCUCCAGAUGUGGCGAAAAAAAGUGGCACCAUGAGAUCUGGGAUCUCUGUGAAGAACAAUCCACCAGCACCAGUUCACUACUCCGCUUCGGCUAAGCCUGCUGAGGAGCCCAUCUACUCGUUACCUCCUGACUCAUUCCCGUCAUCCAACCCAGGGUACAGCUCCGACUCGCAAUCCGUGUCCUUCAUGAAGGAGGGCAGCGUGGGCCUGAGGUUGGUGGGCGGCAAUGACGUCGGCAUCUUUGUGGGAGGAGUGCAGCCCAACAGCCCCGCCUAUGUGCAGGGCAUGAAAGAGGGCGACCAGAUCUUGAAAGUCAAUAACGUCGACUUUGGCCAUUUCACUCGGGAGGAAGCCGCCAAUUUCCUUCUGAACAUCAAGAGAGGAGAAAAAGUGGACAUUCGCACUCAGAAUAAGAUGGACAUUUAUAAGAAGAUCAUCAAGUCCAACCUGGGCGACAACUUCUACAUUCGCACGCACUUUGACCACGAGACCAAUCACCCCAUCGGGCUUAACUUCACCCGAGGAGACGUGUUCCGGGUGGUGGACACAAUGCAUCGUGGGAAGUUGGGCAACUGGUUGGCCGUACGGAUGGGCAACGACCUGCAUGAGUUGGACAAAGGCACCAUCCCUAACCAGAACAGGGCCGAGACGCUGGCCAGCCAAGAGCAGGCGCAGAGGGCGAGCGGAGAGAAGCAGCUAUCGGGACCCAGGGCUGAGUUCUGGAAACUACGGGGCCUCAGAGGCAACAAAAAGAAUGAGAAGAACAUGCGGCGCUCUCGGGACGACCUCCUGCAGCUCACCAUUCAGGGAAAAUUUCCUGCUUAUGAGAGAGUCCUGCUCAGAGAAGCUAAUUUCAAACGACCCAUCGUCAUCCUGGGUCCUCUUAAUGAUAUUGCUAUGGAGAAACUGGCCAGAGAGUUGCCUGAAGAAUAUGAAGUGGCUGAAAUGGUUCCUCGCAGCGGUGGAGGGGACAGCAGCUCAACGGUCAUUAAACUGGACACCGUGAGGAAGAUAGCAGAGAAGGACAAGCACCCUCUGCUGGACAUCACCCCAACCGCCGUGGAGAGGCUGAACUACAUCCAGUACCACCCAAUGGUGAUAUUCCUGGACCCCCACAGCCGCAAAGAUGUCAAGGCCAUGAGGCAAAGGUACAGCCCUGACUCCAGCAAAAGCUCCAGACGCCUCUACACGCAGGCUCUCAAACUGAGGAAACACUGCAGCCAUCUUUUCUCAGCACGUGUUGACCUGCAGCCCGGCUCCAAUGUUUGGUACCAACUUCUAAAGGAUAAGAUUCGCCACCAGCAGUCCAAACCAGUCUGGGUAUCUGAAGUCACGUUGGAGAGCGGCGGAGAGCAGGACCUAGACGCUCUGGACCAAACCCAGUCAGAUUACCUCAGUGCCGCCAGCGACAUGGAGGACACAGAUGGCGAGGCCUUCACCGACGGCGAGGCCUACACGGACAACGAGGUCUACACGGACAACGAGGACCUGGAGGAGGCUUACCCGGGUCAAGAGGCAGCCAGGAGGGCCAGAAAAUCAGGAUCUGCUCUAGCGCGAUCGUCCGAGCCCGCCUGGAGCCACCGCAGCCCCGACGACAGUGACCUGGAGCCCCCUUCUGACACGUACUCACCGGGCGGGGAAAUACCGCCUCUGAUGGACGUGCCUGAGCCGCCAGCACGCCGCCAUCAGAGUAGCAGCCCACCCCUCCACCAUCCGGACGACUAUUACUCUCACCGUAGUUUAACAGACCCUGACUUUAACAGCUACAACUCACUGGCACCCACCACUCCAUCGGACGGUCCCCCGGAUUUUAUUGCCCCCGAUCCUUACACGCGGUACUCUAUGAGUGAAGCCUCGUACGUGGAUGAGCCCCCCGAGAGCCCCCAUCAAGCUAGCCUCGCCACUAUUGAGGAUAAAUUACAGCAGGCCCGACAAGGUGAGCCGCAGGGACAGGGGCAGGACAAAAAGCCCUUGCAGUUUAUUGUGGUGGCCCAUCAUCACCAAGAAGUCCAGAUGAGACGCACGCAGAUCCGAGGGGGGAGGGACAGCUCGGAGGAGGACGAUAUGGACGAGGACGAGGCGGAGGAUAUCGAAUGGGGUCCAGCGACGGAGCUGUAGACCACCCACAUGUCCUAUAUUAGAGUCUAAUGAUCAAAAAAAGACACUCCUUCAGACUUUACCAAUGUAGACAUUUUUUUUUAUAUAAAUGCUUGAUUUCUGUGUACUGUGUCAAACAAAUGAUUUCUACUUUUGUUCACAAUGCUGCUCUCAUCUCACUGUAGUGACUGUCUAAAUUUCUUAAUAAACUUUGAUUUAAAAAAUGUUUCAUCAA